AUGUUCAAAUACCAGUCAUUUAUAGAUGUGCUAACAUCAAACACCAAUAAAUUGAGCAUAUCGUCAAUACGUACUAUCACCACACAUAAUUUAGGUUCAUUAUCACCCAAUGAAGGUUCAACACAAGGUUAUAAAAGAUUAGGUAGAGGUCCAUCAUCAAAUAAAGGUAAAACUUCAGGUAGAGGUCAAAAAGGUCAAAAAGCACGUGGAAAAGUACCUAUAUGGAUGGAAGGUGGACAAACACCAUAUUUUAAACAAAUGCCAAUGGUUGGUUUUAGAAAUGCACAUAAUGCAAAACAAUAUCAUGAAGUUAAUUUGAGUAAGAUACAAGAUUUUUGGGAAAAUAAUAGAAUUCCUUUGAAAGAAGGUGAAACAUUGACUAUAAAAGUAAUGAAAGAUUGUGGGAUAAUAACAGGGACAUUAAAAGAUGGAGUUAAAUUAUUAGGUGUAUCAUCACAAGGUAAAUAUAAUGUACCUUUAAAUGUUGAAGCAUCAAAAGCAACGGAACAAGCAAUUGAAAAAAUUGAAAAAGAAGCCAAAAUGUCAUUUACAGCAAGAUAUUUUUCAAAAUUAGGUUUAAGAGCAUUUGUUAAUCCAUCAUAUUUUCUUUUAAGAAAAGGUUAUGUACCAUUACAAGCAAGACCAACUAGUCAAAAAGAUAUAAGUUAUUAUUCAAGUGAAUUAAGAAGAGGUUAUUUACAUAAAGAUCCUUCAAUUUUAACUAAUCAUUUACAAAAAGCAAAAGAAGAAUUAAAGAAUAUAAAACCAAAAAAGAAAUCUACAUCGAAAUUUAAAUCAUUAAAUGAACAAUUGAAAGAUGCAUCAUCAAUAAGUUUUGAACCAACUAAUAAUACUAUAAGUAUAAAGGAAUUAGCAUAA